CACACACUCGGAGGGAGAGGCAGUGUAUGUGUGUGUGUGUGUGUGUGUGUGUGUGUGAGGAUCGUGUGGUGUGUGGAGCUUACUGAAGAGAGGAGUGGAAGAGGAGUGGAGCGGCAGUCUCUCUACCAUGCCCGUGCAGGGAGGAAGGCUGCAGCGCUGUGUGUCUCUCUGUCUCUGGAGCCCGAGUCCUCUGCUGCUGCUCGGACUCUUUUCUCUUCACGCUCAAGCACACGGAAACAUAUUGGACAGUAUGCUGCUGAAAGCGUCCAAUAAGGAGGCUGUGGAGAGUGGGAAGGAGGCGAGUGGCAGCACAGCUCCCGCUUCAUCCUCACAAAGACUGCUGUGGUGUCACUGUUACCAUCACUGUCCUGACGAUUCCACCAAUAACACAUGCAGGACGGAUGGUUACUGUUUCACCAUGGUGGAGGAGGAGGGAGGGGUACCCGUGUUGACUGCAGGAUGCCUCGGGCUGGUCGGAUCAGAGUUUCAGUGCAGGGAUACGGGGAACUCCCGUCAGAGGAGAUCUCUGGAGUGCUGCACGGACCAGGAUUACUGUAAUAAAAACCUGCAUCCCACGCUGCCACCGCUGAAGCCGCCUCUCUAUGUAGAUGGAAAGAUCCACCACUUGGCCUUGCUGAUCUCAGUCACCGUGUGCAGCAUUAUCCUGGCCGUCAUCAUUGUCUUCUGCUACUUCAGGUAUAAGCGACAGGAGUCCCGUCCUCGGUACAGCAUCGGCCUGGAGCAGGAUGAUACCUACAUUCCCCCCGGAGAGUCUCUGAAGGACCUGAUAGAGCAGUCUCAGAGCUCAGGCUCAGGCUCAGGGCUCCCUCUGUUGGUGCAGAGAACGAUAGCCAAGCAGAUCCAGAUGGUGAAGCAGAUAGGCAAGGGGAGGUACGGCGAGGUGUGGAUGGGAAGAUGGAGGGGAGAGAAAGUGGCCGUCAAAGUUUUCUUCACCACCGAGGAGGCCAGCUGGUUCAGAGAGACGGAGAUUUACCAGACCGUCCUGAUGAGACACGAGAACAUACUGGGUUUUAUAGCCGCUGAUAUCAAAGGAACCGGCUCCUGGACUCAGCUCUACCUGAUCACAGACUACCAUGAAAACGGCUCUCUGUACGACUACCUCAAAUCCACCACUCUGGACAGUAAAGCCAUGCUGAGGCUGGCCUACUCAUCCGUGUCGGGACUCUGUCACCUUCACACUGAGAUCUUUGGCACCCAGGGGAAACCUGCCAUCGCCCACAGGGAUCUGAAGAGUAAGAACAUUCUGGUGAAAAGAAACGGGACCUGCUGUAUAGCCGACCUGGGACUGGCAGUCAAGUUUAUCAGUGACACCAACGAGGUAGACAUCCCUCCCAACACCCGGGUGGGUACAAAGCGCUACAUGCCUCCAGAGGUGCUGGAUGAGACUCUGAACAGGAGUCAUUUUCAGUCGUACAUCAUGGCCGACAUGUACAGCUUCGGGCUCAUUCUCUGGGAAAUCGCUCGACGUUGUGUCUCAGGAGGGAUCCUUGAAGAGUACCAGUUACCGUACCAUGAGUUGGUUCCCACAGACCCGUCAUAUGAAGACAUGAGAGAGGUGGUGUGCAUCAAGAAACUACGACCAUCCUUUCCUAACCGAUGGACCAGCGACGAGUGUUUGAGACAGAUGGGGAAGCUGAUGACAGAGUGCUGGGCCCACAGCCCCGCCUGCCGCCUCACAGCCCUACGGGUCAAAAAGACACUUGCAAAGAUGUCAGAAUCACAGGACAUCAAGCUGUGAGCGGAUACUGCCAGGUGUGUGUGGUUUUUUUCCUCACACAUUGAAAGGGCAUUAACUAUCACACUGGCGCUGGUCGAGGCCCCACUUUCUUUUUUUUCGUCCUUAAGGAGACACAGGAAGCAAGAUCAUCGCUCAGAGAUCGGAGGAUCACAAACUUUGAAUGUAGAUGCCUAGAACUCCCCUGUCAUUGAAAAACAUGGAACAGGACUACAAUAGUAAACUUAAACUACAAAGGCCCUACAGAGGCUCUGUGUGGAGUGCCGUUUUCAUUUCAGACUAGUACAAGGACUCUAAAAGCAGCUUCCUGCUCCUGUUGGAGAAAUAGAUUGAAUUUGGCCUUGUAGCUGCAGAGAAACACAAACAAGCUACUGACCAGUGAGUGGAAUAAUCUAUGAGUGCUUUCUGUGAAAGCUACCUUACCUGUAGAUGAAGGUCCGACUGAUAGAACGAAAAGGAUGUGCGUUAUCGCAGCAUGACACCUCCUCUGGAAACACUGACCCUCCACUACUGCCUGUAUGUCGUGAAUUGGACUGAACACUUUUUUUUGUCACUCUUUUUCUGACUGUUUUUGGUUCCAAUGACUGACUGACACUAUGUGACAGAGAGAAAAAAAACAACAAAUGUGUAUUUUGAUGCUUUAAAAGUUCUGUUUAUGCUGGUUAUGUUUGUAGACACUGAAGAAUUUGUGUAUUUUUGAGUUUGGGUCGGUUAGGAAAGUUGCUAACAGAUUUUUCCAUGUAAAAUUCAAACUCUUUAAUACUUAAUGUUGAAAAAAUAAAGUGUUUAUGUCAGAAAUA